GGUGCGCUGUGUCCCUCAGACACAACGGAUCAUCGAUCCAUGGAAAGAGCCGAAGAUGUUGGCUCGGUCAUGUGAUCAGCUGUGUCCAAUCACAGCUGAUCACAUCAGUGCCACCUGUCAGUGUCCAUCAGUGCCAGCUCUCAGUGCUCAUCCAUGCCACCUGCCAGUGCCCAUCAGUGCCACAUCAAUGCCACAUAUCAGUGCCUACCAGUGCACAUCAAUGCCACAUAUCAGUGCCCAUCUGAGCUGCCUUUGUGUCACCCAUCAGAGCCAGUCAGUGCCACUUAUCAAUGCCAAUCAGUGCCACCUAUCACUGCUGUCAAUCAGUGCCGCCUAUCAGUGCCAGUCAGUGCCACCUAUCAGUGUGCAUCAGUGCCGCCUAUCAGUGCCAUAUAUGAGUGCUGCCUUUCAGUGCCCAUUAGUGAUGCCUGUCAAUGCCCAUCAG